AGCGCAGCGCCUCUUUACAGCCCCAGUCUCUUCUCCAUGAGCUCCCACGCACACAAUCGCACCGUCGCCGCGGCGCAGGAGCCGGCACGGAAGCGUCUAGCAACAGAGGCAGGCAAGGGCCACCGCUACCCUGCUACACCCACUUCACACCAUACGCAGGACUCCUCAGCAGCAGAUGCGCGAGCGCGCUUCCUGCGGGAGUUGGAGCAAUACGCCAGCGACGACGAGGACGAGGUGGUCGCCGUCUCACGCAGCCGUGGCGACGGUGUCGCCGCAUCUCCUGUCCUGUCUGUGCCAAACCAGAUAGCGUCCACACUGUUGAAUAUAUCUUCUGCGCCGCCACCGUCUCCUGCAUCGUCAGCAUCGGUUGACAACUCCGACUUCUUCUUUGGGCAUGCCACGCAGCUCACAAACCGCGUGGACCGUGACGACGCUGACGGCCACGCCAACAGCACUGCGGACAACAACGGUGGCGCACUCCAGCAGCGCAACGGCGCAUCGGCUGCUGGCAGCGCACGUGCUGCGUCGCGCAUCGGUCUGAGUUUGCUGCAUCGCAUGCACGCGGAAACCACGCCUGCGAGCACAGAACGUGGUACGACCAGGAAGCCAGACACGUCGAAGGGACCGGAGGCGCGUGGGCCGUCGUCGGCUGCGUUUGAGGUCGUCCACGCCUAUGCCCCGCUGAGCACCGGCGGCUUCCUCAGCACAGCCACUGCCGGAGACGACCUCAUGGAGGGCCGCCAAGUUCGGGUCGGUGACGUGCUGUCGCUGCGGCAGCGGCGCGGUGCCACUUCCCUGUCCUCGCAGGCUUCCAGUACGCUCUUAGCAGGCAGGACAGGCUCUGUGCACACGCCCGUUUCGCCCCAAGCGAACACAGCGCCUCCGCUUCUCCCGCCUUCGUCUUCUCCCGUACCGUCCUCUCCCCUCACCGCUCGAAUCUCUGCGGAUGCGGCGCAGGAGGCCCUCCACCACUUCAAACCCGCUGCGUCCUUCACGGACGGCGAAAGGGGCUACGGCAUGCAGCUUCCACCGGACAUGGUGCGCCAGCUCCUCGAGGUCACCCGUGUCGACCCGCACGGCCGCAGCGUCGAAGCUCUUUUCUUAGACGGCACACGUGAGAAGCUGCCCUUUCGCGACGUCCGCCCGGCCGGCUACGACGAGCAGAGACGCUACGCGCAGUGGAAGGCGGACCCGUCCAGUCGUCCCGUCGCGACGAUGCACAGCGGGGCCUCUUCGCCGACCAGUGCGUCUGCGCCCGGCACGCACCCCGCCUCUCCGGUCGCGCAAACGAGUGCGACCGCACAACAAGCCAACAGCACCGUCGUCGCGGCAGCGGAUACUUGGUGGGUCAUUCCGCAUCUUCUUGUGCGAGUGGCCACGGAGGUGGCGGGGGACUGGUACGGCAAGAAGUGUGCUGUCACGGCAGUCCGGCGAAGCGAGAACGCGAUACGGCUGACGGAGUGGCACGACGAGGCGCAGAGCAGCGGCGGUCACAGCAGCCACCGCAACGCCGCCGAAACACGGGAGCUGAUCGGCGCGGAUGGACUCGAGACGGUCGUGCCGAAGAAAGGAGGGCGGGCGGUGAUUGUGCUGGGUCCGCGGAAGGGCGAAAUCUGCACUGUGCGCAGUCGCGUGCGCGGGCCCAUGGGCGACCUGACCGGCGUCGAGGUGGAGAUACGUCGCACGAAUGAAGUGGUGACGUUGCAGGCGGAGGAGCUCUGUGCCCUUGCCCGCUGA